AUGAUGAUGUCGAACUCGAACAAAGGCCCUACUACGGAAGCAGGAAAGCGUGCCUCCUCGGCUCUAACCUUCGCUGUAAUCUGGGAUCCAGAGCAAGGACUGGAAACCUUUUCUGGCGGAGACCUGCUUAGCCAGGAAAGCACUGCCUUCGGUGUGGGCGCUGUGGACGCAGACCGAUCGACAGUUGGGGAACCUUUCGCAGUGUUUGGUAGCCGUCAGACACAUUUCAUCGACGUCCGUUCAUCAUCUGCGUAUGGACGCUAUCUUCGCGGUGAUGGUGGCUUUGACCACGAGCCGGCCUCGCCUGUUGACGACGCGUCCUCUGUGUCUACCCGCUGGAGUCGGUCGAGUUUCAGAGGGACAUUGAACGGACUAGACGCGUUAGAUGCCAACAAAGAGUUACCCCCUACCCCAAGCCCUAAGUUCAACCUCGCCGCUCUUUUAGACCCAGAAACUGGCUUUCUGGCAUACCGCAACAGCAAAAUCGCUGGCCCAGUUAAGAAGUUUUUUCGAUCGGCAUCUGCGCCGGCGUCCGCCUCUCCUUGUUCAGAACCAGAACCAGAACCAGAACCAGACUACCGCUCUGGGAGCGCGUCCCCGGAAGUGUUCUACGAUAGCCGUGAAACAGAACCUCGUCCAGCUAGCCCGGUGCCUGCGCAGCUGCACUGCACGAACCCCGACCCACCCCCUACCCCCCGUCCCCCCAAUUCGAUGAGAUCCUUCUCCGAGCCGCCAUGUGGUCCACCAGCUGACCAUUACGGGAUGGUUUUCGAUCAAAUGAUGAGGAAGAGGGGAGUUAGAGGUCCCGAUGAGACACAUUCAAUCGACGACGAAGGCUUCUUCGAGACGUCUUCGCACCCGGAUUGCGAGCCCCAUCUGCCAUCAAGGUUUUCGACCACGACCACCUCCACGUCGACAUAUAUUACGAUAGAUUCCCGCACAGCCCGAUGCCACACCCCGGUGGACAUGACUCGGACCCCCACACGGCAGCGGGCUGCUGCGGGACGUUACGGCUUCCGCCCAAAGACGAGCAGUCGUCUUAUUCAAUCCAUUUCGUUCCCUUCCAGUGAAUCUCGGCACGGCAGCCACCACAGCAUCGACUUUGCUGGCGCUCUCAGUCUGACACACCCACGCCUAUCAAAUAUUUUCAGAAGACCCUGGUCCCGGCGGACGACAGAUGAUCGCUGGGUGUUGAUUGAAGUAAGGUCUGUCGUCACGGAGAGGGUUAUAGAUGAUUGA